CCUAAGUUACCAAGCUCUUGUUAAAAAAUUCAUUUUUUGUAUGUUUGCCUUUUUGCAUGUAUGUGUGGAUGUUUCUGUUAAUUUUGUGCAUGUGUGGGGUUUUUUUUUUUAAAGCAUAUUGAUUGCUUUCUGUUGUGUUGCUGGCAGCAGAUGCGUGAACGUCUGAGGUCCUUUCCUAAGCAAUCUAUGUGCUGGGGUUUCAUGUUACAGGUUAUCUGCUUUAAAAUAACAGCAGUCCUGAGCGUUUGAGUCAGUUUUUAAAACUGCCCUGCUAUUGGUAGGGACACAACAGGAUUACAGCCAAGACUUCCCUGCAUUUUCUGCCAAAAUCUGUGUCAGAUUUAAGACACAUGCUUCUGCAAGCUUCCAUGAAGGUUGUGAAAAAAGUUUUAAUCCAGAGUUGGGUUCCAGCUUUCUGUAGCUGCAAGCAUUGUGACCGCGCCACCUCCUUACAAAGCAACUAGAACCUGGGGCAUAGCGUGGAGAGAAUUUUUUUUUUUAAUUUUCUGCACAUAAAAUUAAUUUAGAGUGCUUUCUAAUUUCAGGUGGAAGACAUGUCCACCUCCUGAUUAUUUUUGGAGCAUGAGAAUAUUUUAAAUUUUUUUCAUCUCUCUCUCCCCACCAAGAUUGUGCAAAAAACCUACCUUGGCUAACUGAAGUCAUUUCACUGGAUUUUGAUCACAACUGAUUAUUUGUUUUUCCAUAUGAAGUUUUGGGGUUUCGAACUUUCCAUCUGGAGAAUGCCUUUUGAAACAAUUUUCUCUAGCUGCCUGAUGUCAACUGCGUAGUAAUCAGUGGAUAUUAAAAUAUUCAAAAUGUACAGAGAGUGGGCAGUGGUGAAUAUUUUCAUGAUGUUUUAUGUGCACCUGGUGCAGGGCUCCAAUAAUGAACAUGGACCAGUGAAGCAGUCAUCUCGGUCAAUGUUAGAACGAUCUGAACAGCAGAUUAGGGCUGCUUCAAGUUUGGAGGAACUACUGCGAAUCACGCACUCUGAGGACUGGAAGCUGUGGAGAUGCCGGCUGAGACUCAAAAGUUUCACCAGUAUGGACUCUCGCUCAGCAUCCCAUAGGUCCACCAGGUUUGCGGCAACUUUCUAUGACAUUGAAACCCUAAAAGUUAUAGAUGAAGAGUGGCAAAAAACUCAAUGCAGCCCUAGAGAGACGUGCGUGGAGGUCGCCAGCGAGCUGGGGAGGAGUACCAACACAUUCUUCAAACCCCCUUGUGUGAACGUGUUCCGGUGUGGCGGCUGCUGCAACGAAGAGAGCCUUAUCUGUAUGAACACGAGCACCUCAUACAUUUCCAAACAGCUCUUUGAGAUAUCAGUGCCUUUGACAUCAGUACCUGAAUUAGUGCCUGUUAAAGUUGCCAAUCAUACAGGUUGUAAGUGCUUGCCAACGGCCUCUCACCAUCCAUACUCAAUUAUCAGAAGAUCCAUCCAGAUCCCAGAGGAAGAUAGCUGUCCCCAUUCCAAGAAACUCUGUCCUACUGACAUGCUAUGGGAUAGCAACAAAUGUGAAUGUGUUUUACAGGAAGAGAAUCCACUUGCUGGAACGGAAGACCAUUCUCAUAUCCAGGAACCGGCUCUCUGUGAGCCACACAUGAAGUUUGAUGAAGAUCGUUGUGAGUGUGUCUGUAAAACACCAUGUCCCAAAGAUUUCAUCCAGCACCCAAAGAACUGCAGUUGCCUUGAGUGCAAAGAAAGUCUGGAGAGCUGCUGCCAGAAGCACAAGCUAUUUCACCCAGACACCUGCAGCUGUGAAGACAGAUGCCCCUUUCAUACCAGACCAUGCACGAAUGGAAAACCUGUGUGUGCAAAGCAUUGCCGCUUUCCAAAGGAAAAAAGGGAUGCCCAGGGGCCCCACAGCCAAGAAAAUCCUUGAUUGAGCUUUGUUCCAAGUCCCCCAUCCCUGUCACUUUCAACAGCAUGCUGCUUUGCUGAGUUGCUGUCACUGUUUUUUUUUUUCCACAGGUGUUAGAAAAAGUCCAUUUUACAUAGCACCACGGUGAAUCCAAACUAGCCUUUCAUUCACACCAGCUGAGGAUUCCCUGGUUCAUUGACAGAUGUCUUCCAGUUGCAGAUGCCUCUGCACAGCAAAGAAUGGAGAGGAGGGGACCCACAGAACCCUUUUUUUUGGUGAAUGAGAAAGAUGUGCUGGUCAUGGAAUGACAGGUGCCAUGUGAUUGAUUACUCAGAGCAGAUGAGGAAAACUGUGUAGUCUGAGUCCUUUGCUAAUUGCAACUCUCUUUUGGAUUAUUAUGAUUCUUUCUUAUGCAGAAUUUGAUUUGUAUGAUCAGCACUGACUUUCUGAUUACUGUCCAGCUUGUAGUUUUCCAGUUUAGUGAACUACUGUCUAAUGUUUCAUAUUUAAGUAUAUUUAAAGAAAAUAAACACCAUUAUUCAAGCCAUA